GAGGGGAAGUGACGCUGCUGCCGGAAGAUGGCGGCGCCGGCCACGGUCGCUUCGCCCGCCACGGCCUCGGCCGCCGCAGCGGCUCUCGGGGAGGUGGAGGAUGAGGGGCUCCUGGCGUCGCUGUUCCGGGACCGCUUCCCCGAGGCCCAGUGGCGGGAGCGCCCCGACGUGGGCCGCUACCUCCGGGAGUUGAGCGGCUCGGGGCUGGAGCGGCUGAGGCGCGAGCCCGAGCGCCUGGCGGAGGAGCGAGCGCAGCUGCUGCAGCAGACGCGCGACCUGGCCUUCGCCAACUACAAGACCUUCAUCCGCGGCGCCGAGUGCACCGAGCGCAUCCACCGCCUCUUCGGCGACGUGGAGUCGUCCCUCGGCCGCCUGCUCGGCCGCCUGCCCAGCUUCCAGCAGAGCUGCAGAAACUUUGUGAAAGAGGCUGAGGAGAUCAGCUCCAACCGCCGGAUGAACACCCUGACUCUAAACCGGCACACAGAAAUCCUGGAAAUCCUGGAGAUUCCUCAGCUAAUGGAUACCUGUGUCCGGAACAGCUAUUAUGAAGAGGCCCUGGAGCUCGCGGCCUAUGUACGCCGACUGGAAAGGAAGUACUCCUCCAUCCCUGUCAUCCAGGGCAUUGUGAACGAAGUGCGCCAGUCCAUGCAGCUGAUGCUGAGCCAGCUGAUCCAGCAACUAAGGACCAACAUCCAGCUCCCUGCCUGCCUCCGUGUCAUUGGCUUCCUGCGGUGCAUGGAUAUCUUCACAGAGGCUGAGUUGAGGGUGAAGUUUCUUCAGGCCCGAGAUGCUUGGCUCCGUUCCAUCCUGACUGCCAUCCCCAAUGAUGAUCCCUAUUUCCACAUCACAAAAACCAUUGAGGCCUGCCGUGUCCAUCUGUUCGAUAUCAUCACUCAGUACCGUGCCAUAUUCUCAGACGAGGACCCAUUGUUGCCCCCUGUCUCAAGCGAGCACACUGUGGAUGAGAGUGCCAUCUUCUAUGGCUGGGUGCUACAGAGAGUGUCACAAUUCCUGCAGGUGCUGGAGACCGACCUUCACAGGGGGAUAGGUGGUCGUCUAGACUCUCUGCUGGGUCAGUGCAUGUACUUUGGGCUGUCCUUCAGCCGGGUGGGGGUUGAUUUCCGGGGCCAGUUGGCUCCUGUUUUCCAGCGGGUAGCCAUCAGCACUUUUCAGAAGGCAAUUCAGGAGGCAGUGGAGAAGUUCCAGGAUGAAAUGAAUUCCUACACCCUCAUCUCCGCUCCCGCCAUCCUGGGCAGCAGUAACCUGCCUGCUGCCGUGCCAGUCACUCAGCCGGGGACCCUGCAGCCACCCAUGGUGCUCUUAGACUUCCCACCCCUUGCCUGCUUCCUCAACAAUAUUCUGGUUGCCUUCAAUGAUCUGCGCCUCUGCUGCCCUGUGGCCCUGGCACAGGAUGUGACGAGGGUCCUGGAGGAUGCCCUUGCCAAGGUAACCAAAGUGAUCCUGGCCUUUCACCGGGCAGAAGAGGCUGCUUUCAGCACCGGGGAGCAGGAGCUCUUUGUCCAGUUCUGCACUGUCUUCCUGGAAGACCUUGUUCCUUAUUUAAAUCGCUGUCUCCAAGUCCUUUUUCCACCAGCUCAAAUAGCACAGACCUUAGGCGUUCCACCCGCUCAGCUCUCCAAGUACGGAAACCUUGGACACGUGAACCUCGCCGCAGUCCAGGAGCCUCUGGCCUUCCUCCUGCCGAAGAGAGAGCUGGUCCUCUGUCUGGAGGACAAGGAGCUGGUGCCGGCGCCCCCCGCCGAGUCGGGCCUGGGCCCGGAGGCCACGGCCGCAGGGUGCGGUCACCCUGACGGUGCGCAGGAGCCCGCGGGCUCGGCGGAGGCGCCUGACGGGGACACCUCACCCGCGCCCCAGCCCCCCGCGGCGUCCGCGGGGAGGUGAGGCGGGACUCGCGGGGCACGGGACAGCCCCGAGGGGAGGCUGACAACGAAUGAGAGGGGGAACCUCUGGGUCCCGCCUACACGUGGCUGAUUAUACAGUAAGAAACCGAAUUCUGCUCAGCGGUUUAGCGCUGCCUUCGGCCCAGGGUGUGAUCCUGGAGACCCAGGAUCGAGUCCCACGUCGGGCUCCCUGCAUGGAGCCUGCUUCUCCCUCUGCUUGUGUCUCUGCCUCUCUCCAUCUGUCGUGAAUAAAUAAAUAAAAUCUUAAAAAAAAAAAAAAA